AUGUCUGCUUCGUCACCCGAGAUCAGGUUGGACGAUCUUGGCGAUCUGAAGCAGACGUGCUAUUCGGAGCGCAAAGACUCGGGGUUUCUCGUGCUCUCUACGUUGCGCAACAGAACGGUCGGUCCAAAGAGAACUUGCAAGGAUGCCGAAUGGGUUGUUGUAGCAGGUACACGAGACGGCGAUGGAUCUGCGGAAGGCAAGGACCUCUGGUGGGAGGCCGUGUACACAGCUGGGGAAGCCAAGGCGGCCAUGCGGGUCUGUCCCCGACGACUGUUGGGCUUUGACUGGGAACUCGCUCGGCACUGACGUGACAUAUUCUUUGUCUGAUGGGAUCGUUGAGCCCUUAGAUUGAUGGAUCAGCAGUCCCGGCGCAUGAUAUGCCUUCCCGCAUCCGUACGAGUUUCGUCGACGGGGAGCUCAAAGUCGACGGUUACACGGCUGCCCGGAGCACUGCCUCUUCACGUGGUACAAUCAAGGCGAGUGGCAGCAACAUCAAUCCGAAAUCAUCUCUUCCAUCUGAUAAAGCCCUGCUAAAGCCUCAUCCUACAGCUCACAAUCCAAAUCACUCCUUCGCUGGCCGUCUACGUCGACCUCGAACCUUGCGAGCAGCCACCGCUGCCAUUCUCUUUUGUCGCUUUUGGACUCGAGGUGAGGCGAUUGUACAAGUUGGCUUCGCUGGAAACUCAAUACUCUAACGUAAAAUUUUGCCCGGGCUCUGACUUAGGUCACGAAGGACGCUGUGGAAUGUGCACGUGUUAAGGAGCGACUGGAAAAGCUGAGAGCGGAGCUGGAUCGGGUCCGAAGCGAGUUGAGCAAGAGUCAAGCCACGAUCGAACAACUCCAUGAAGAAGGUCGAUCGGCUUCGGCUCGAUCCAAAGAUCUCAGCGACUCCCCCAAGAAGCGAAGAAUGCCCCCACAAGCUGGUCAGUGACCCCAGGGGGCGAUACUGGUUCUUGACAGCGUUUCUUGACGGGUGAUGUGGUUCUGGAUCUGACCGAAAACCUUUCUCUCCUUCCCAGGCGGCCCCGUGGUCCGGCAACGCGGCGUCGUUCCAGGCAUGGCGGUGAAGGACGACGGGUUCUGUACUGAUUCGGAUUAG